UACAUAAACAUGAACAAGGCUUUGAAACAAGACGUUUUAUAAUACAGAAAUGAUCAAUGUCAAUGGAGUGGGCUAUUGUGAAACCUCAGUCGUAGACGUGAGCUGCAGAAACGAUUCUACUUAGCGAACUACAUAAUGUAUGGUCUAUUGUGCUACCCGUAGAAAUCGUCACGAGUUUGCUUUUUAGUCAUGGGGAGCUGAGUAUUGAUAGUUAGCUACCAGCAAGAAUUACAGUUUACACACUGUUCCAGUCAUUGUAAAAGUGGCAAACUAUCUGAACAAAGCAUGGCCAACAUCACGAAGAAAGUGUCGUGGUCCAGUCGAGGUGACGAGUCAGGAGGCGGUGAACGGACCCCGCUUCUCAACGGUUCAGAAGACGUCACUUACACCAGACAGUUUUCCGGAGGACGUUUAUUUCAAAUAGGGAGGCUGAGCACGGUGGAUUUAGAAGAGGAGAUAACAUCAGACGAGGAGUCACUGAGGAGCCGGCCCAAGGAGAUCCCUCACAAUGAGAAGCUGCUGUCGCUCAAAUAUGAGAGUCUCGACUACGAUAACAGCGAGAACCAGCUGUUUCUGGAGGAGGAGAGACGGAUGAGCUACGUGGGUUUCAAGUGUCUGGAGAUCAGCCGCUGGGUGGUGUGUGGUCUUAUCGGCUUCCUCACUGGGCUCAUCGCCUGCUUCAUAGACAUCGCAGUAGAAUACAUGGCUGGACUCAAGUACUUAGUCGUCAAAGAUAACAUAGAAAAGUUCACAGAGGUGGGAGGGCUCUCCAUCUCCCUCAUCCUCUGGGCCGUUCUCAAUGCUGCCAUCGUCAUGCUGGGAGCCAUUAUAGUUGCCUUUUUUGAGCCCAUUGCAGCAGGUAGUGGUAUACCUCAGAUCAAAUGCUACCUCAAUGGAGUGAAGAUUCCCCGGGUGGUGCGACUCAAGACGCUGGUGGUGAAGGUGUUCGGGGUGAUCUGCUCAGUAGCAGGAGGCCUCGCUGUCGGAAAGGAAGGGCCCAUGAUUCACUCGGGCGCAGUGGUGGCUGCAGGAGUCUCCCAGGGCAGGAGCACUUCUCUGAAGAAAGACUUCAAGAUGUUUGAGUAUUUCCGUCGGGACACAGAGAAGAGGGACUUUGUGUCAGCAGGAGCUGCUGCUGGAGUGUCUGCUGCUUUUGGAGCACCAGUGGGUGGGGUUCUGUUUUCUCUGGAGGAGGGGGCUUCCUUCUGGAACCAGAUGCUGACAUGGAGGAUAUUUUUUGCCUCCAUGAUCUCCACCUUCACUCUGAACUUCUUCCUGAGCAUCUACCAUAAGAAGCCCGGAGACCUCUCCAGCCCUGGUCUCAUCAACUUCGGGCGCUUUGAGAGUGAUAGCGUAGCCUACAACCUCUAUGAGAUUCCCCUCUUCAUCAUCAUGGGAGCCAUAGGUGGAUUGCUAGGAGCACUAUUUAACUUCCUCAACUACUGGCUGACCAUCUUCAGGAUCAGGUAUGUGCACCGGCCCUGCCUCCAGGUAAUUGAGGCCAUGCUGGUUGCCGCAGUUACAGCAGCAGUGUCGUUUGUCAUGAUCUACACCUCAAACGACUGCCAGCCUCUAGGACCAGACCAGUCCGAGGAGUACCCGCUGCAGCUGUUCUGUGAUGAUGGGGAAUACAACUCCAUGGCGACAGCCUUCUUCAACACACCUGAGAGGAGUGUGCGCAGCCUUUUCCACAACGCCGCAGGGACCUACAACCCGCUGACCCUGAGCUUGUUCACGGGGACCUACUUCUUCCUGGCCUGCUGGACCUACGGUCUGACCGUGUCUGCUGGGGUGUUCAUCCCCGCCCUCCUCAUCGGAGCUGCCUGGGGAAGGCUCUUCGGGAUCCUGCUGGCCUCCAUCACCUCCACUGGCUCUAUCUGGGCUGACCCUGGUAAAUACGCCCUGAUUGGAGCUGCUGCUCAGCUAGGGGGCAUCGUCAGAAUGACCCUCAGUCUGACUGUCAUCAUGGUGGAGGCCACAGGGAACGUCACCUACGGUCUUCCCAUCAUGCUUGUGCUCAUGACGGCAAAGAUCGUUGGAGACUACUUCAUAGAGGGUCUGUAUGAUAUCCACAUCAAGCUAGGGAGUGUUCCUUUUCUGCAUUGGGAUGCCCCCGCAACCUCUCAUUGGCUAACAGCCAGAGAGGUGAUGAGUUCCCCAGUCACCUAUUUUAACAAAAUUGAAAAGGUUGGGACCAUUGUUGAUGUCCUCAGCAACACAUCAAACAAUCACAAUGGCUUCCCAGUUGUUGUGCGUCUUGCUGCAAGCGAUGAGUCUGGGAAGAUCUGUGGACUCAUCCUUCGUUCUCAACUCAUUGUCCUUCUCAAACACAAGGUGUUUGUGGAGCUGGCACGCUCCAGGCUGACCCAGAGGAAGCUGCAGCUCAAGGACUUCCGGGACGCCUACCCCCGCUUCCCCCCCAUCCAGAGCAUCCACGUCUCCCAGGACGAGCGAGAGUGCAUGAUGGACCUCACCGAGUUCAUGAACCCCACACCCUACACUGUACCUGAGGAGACCUCUCUCCCUCGUGUGUUCAAGCUGUUCAGAGCCCUGGGCCUCAGGCACCUGGUGGUAGUAGACCACGAGAACAGGGUGGUCGGGCUGGUGACACGCAAAGACCUGGCACGGUACCACCUCGGCAAGCACGGUCUGGAGGAGAUGCAGCUGGCACAGACAUGAUGGACACACCCACAAAUGCACGCACUCACACACGCACACACACACACAUUUAUUACAAAUAUACUGCAGACCCUGAAACUGCACUGGUCACCAGUUGCCUAGAUACCCUUGCAACCUCGCCAGCUAUGCACUCCGAUACUUCAGGAAGCUGGGUCAGGGGUCACUGUCAGCCAACAAAGCCAAAACAGUCAGUCAAACGUUGUGUUACGGUCUACAGCUCCACAUCAACAGCUGCCAUGGUAUCAUGGUGUCUGUCCUGGGUACCUCGGGUGAUGGUUUGUCUCUGUGUCCGUUUGGGCUUGAGACUGAAGGACUCUCGUUUCCUUCUGGGAUAAGUGCUGUAGGUGUCACACAGAAAUGAUUGUGUUUCAAAACAUUAUUUGCCAAAAAAAAUCUACAGAGAGAAAAUAAUUGUAUCCUCUGAGAACACGUUGUUAAUUGUAAGUUGCUGAUGAACUAUGCAUUACCUAAGGAACCCAACGCAGAGGAAACCUCCCCUCCUGGCUUCCACCUGGAGUGGACAGGAGGCCUGGAGUGACACCACAUCUUACUUCUUUUAUUUUUGCAAUGUGUGAAAACGUAUUUAUUAUAGCUUGUUUUAAAGUGGCUAGAUAGUUGGAAGGAAGGACCUGUGUUGCGCUGUCACUGUUCCUGUCAGAUGAUUGGCACUCAGUCCGACCAGUGUCACACAGGGAGCCCAUCAGGUUUCUGUUGAACUUUGUCAGAUUGGGAACCAUACAAGUGGAUUCCAGUCGUUUCUCGCCUUAUGCUGUAGUUGACUGUAGUAAUUAGGUGUGGCCACUAGAGGGUGUCUGUGACAUGUUGUGGGCAGGUCCAUUGCUGUCAAUGGAGUCAAACAUGAAUAUUAGUGACACACACAUUAGUGGACUAAGAGUUAGGAUCUUCCAGGAUCCUGUUUACUGAACUCUCUCUACCCGUAGCUGUAGGUAUUUAAAUCAGUGCUAAAAUCUUUUUUCGUGUGCUAAAAUGACUUGUUGAAGGUACAUACUAUGCGAUUCAGUGUGUAUAAAAGUGUGAAUUGGUACAGAGUCCAUUUUUUUUAUUUACAAUGCACUUUUACAUGCUACUGAUGAAGAAACACACGUUUUUAGUUGAACAAUCUAUAUGUUUGUCCCAUCCAUGAUAAUGGCAAAAUGAAUGUAAAUUUCCACCAUGUUUUUAAUUUAAAAUGUGAAAGCCUGAAUUAAGAACUUUGUACUUUCUAACGACAGUGAUCUAAUGUGAACGUCACUGAUUGGAGUCUGACUGGCCAUGUCAGUGGUUUUGGAUAUGGUGUCUAAGUAAAUAACUACUGUCAUCUGGUUCACUGUAAACACACAUUCAAAUGAUUUCAAGUUACUUUUAUUCAAGUUUGGAGUAAUUAUCACGUAGAUGUUGCUGUUUUUUUGUUAUUAUAUUUCAAGUAUUAUUUUCUUCGAUUGGUUCCUUCACCUUGUGCACCUCUCAGAAAUCACUAAUGCAUUGUUCAUGCUUUGUCUCUUGUUUGUACAGUUAUAGAUGUUAAAUAUGGAUUAUGCUGUAUUUUAUAACCAUUUUGAUGACCAUUUUGUGAACGAAUAAAGUUGAAGUAUUAACAAUCA